UGUGUCCUGUCGAAGUAGAACCCGCCGCACAACGCCGCGCCUGGUGGAGACUGGAAAAAAAAAAAGAGAAAAAAAAAAGAAGCCGCCCAGCAGAGGAAGGAGAGAGAGGAGCGAGCUACACAGUGACGCGGCGGAGGUGUAGUUUGACGCGGUGUGUUACGUGGUGGGGAAGAGAAUAAAAAAAGCCCAGCGAGAUCCCAGCCGCGAACGAAAGCAGUGACGGAGGAGAGGCAGUGUAACCCGGUUGCUAAAUGACCAUGGAAUCUGGUGCAGAGACUCAGCAGAGUGGAGAUGCGGCUGUUACGGAAGCAGAAGCCCAACAGAUGACCAUACAGACCCAACCACAGAUUGCAACACUAGCACAGGUUUCCAUGGCAGCUGCACAUGCAACAUCCUCGCCCCCCACGGUGACUUUGGUUCAACUUCCUAAUGGACAGACAGUUCAAGUACAUGGGGUUAUUCAAGCUGCACAGCCAUCUGUCAUUCAGUCCCCACAAGUGCAGACAGUACAAAUAUCCACCAUUGCAGAGAGUGAAGACUCCCAGGAAUCAGUUGAUAGUGUUACAGACUCUCAGAAACGUAGAGAAAUUUUGUCAAGACGGCCAUCAUACAGGAAAAUUUUAAAUGACCUUUCUUCAGAUGCACCGGGGGUGCCAAGAAUUGAAGAAGAAAAAUCUGAAGAAGAGAAUUCUGCUCCUGCCAUCACAACAGUAACAGUACCAACACCCAUCUACCAAACCAGCAGUGGCCAGUACAUUGCCAUUACUCAGGGAGGAGCAAUACAGCUAGCGAACAACGGUACAGAUGGAGUCCAGAGUCUUCAGACAUUAACAAUGUCAAAUGCAGGAGCAAAUCAGCCUGGAACUACAAUAUUACAGUAUGCACAGACAACAGAUGGACAGCAGAUACUUGUUCCCAGCAACCAAGUUGUUGUUCAAGCUGCCUCGGGAGAUGUACAAACGUACCAGAUUCGCACAGCACCAACCAGCACAAUUGCACCAGGAGUUGUCAUGGCAUCCUCUCCAGCACUCCCUGCCCAGCCAGCUGAAGAGGCAGCACGUAAAAGAGAAGUGAGGCUAAUGAAGAACAGGGAAGCAGCAAGAGAGUGUCGUCGGAAAAAGAAAGAAUAUGUAAAAUGCCUGGAGAACAGAGUAGCGGUCCUCGAAAACCAAAACAAGACACUGAUUGAAGAACUGAAAGCACUUAAAGACCUUUACUGCCAUAAAUCUGACUAAUUGGGGCAGUUGUAUUUAGGAUUGUGUCCCCAAUGAGGAGAACUGGUUUUCCUGUAACCAGAUAAACUUUUUUUUUUUUUUUUUUCUAUAUUUCUCCUUUUUCGCAAAACUGCCUGACAGCAACUAAAGGAUUUCAUUCAUCUGUGCUUUUGCGUUAAAACUGUGAAUGCAUCUAGCUCCUGCCUCUGAACCCAAGUGAGUCAACGCCACGUUUCAGUCUCCAAGAUCAAGAACAACUUAUGAAUAUUUUUUUAAUCAUACCUUUUUAUUUGCUUUUUUGCUUUAUCCCUCUUAUAUUUGCUAAGCACUGUUAGUGCAGGGAGAGCUUGUAUAUAUGACGCAUUUGGGCUCCUGUCACUGAAGUUGCUAAGUUGCACCCUGUAGGAAGUAGAACGUUUUGGAUGAUGUGAAAAAUGGGAAUUGAAAAGCAACUGAACCCCAUGUGUCAAAACUAUUUGUUGUCCUUUGGUGCAGACAGAUUUCUUAGGGGGAUUUCAUUCACAAUUUAUUAUUAUUUUUAUUUUUUUUAUUGGACUAUAAUGCCGAGCCAGCUGCCACUCGUCGGUCAAUUUCAAAUUAGUACAUGCUCUCAGAAAUUCAACAAACCUUGAAAGGGAUGUCCUUUCUAAGCACACUGAGGUACAAAUGACACGUUCUACAGGACUGAAGGGUCUAAAGAGGAAGACUUUGAAGCACUCCUCAUCGCAUCUUCAUUGUAUUCAUUUGCAACAAUUGCAUACCUACAUUUCUAAAGAGGAAUGUGUAAUUUGGAUAAGCCACAAAUUACCAAGGCUCUGUGGGCAUCGAUUGUUUCUUUAUGUACUGUACCUCUUAAAUGUCAAAUCCCUAUCACCAGCACCCUUUGUGGAUUAUUUGGCUCCACAUAUGUAUAUAUGAGGAGAAAAUAGCUUUGUUUUGUUUCCUUUUCUUCACUCCCUGUGCUUGAAUUUGGAAAUUGAAAUUGUGCAACAUGGGCUUUUAUCACUUUUAAAAUGGUCAUAUUGUUAAGAGCCUGGUUGCACUUAAUAGUUGUGUGGCCAUUUUUUUUGCGUCUAUACACAGCUACAUUUAAAAAACAGCUUACUUUGUGUUUGGGAUUUGUUGGUCUUGUAAAAUAUUUUAUGUUGAGUAGAAUUAUCAUGUACUAUUUGAAAUACAUUUUGUAUUUUAAAACUAUGAUGUAUUGUUUGCAUCAGAACAUUUUUUUUAAGUUUGUGUGUGUGUAAGAUUUAUUUUGUGCUUGUGCGCUGUUAGCUAAUGUAUAUAUCCUAUUUUACAUUUUACACAUGUAUCUAUAUAAAUUUAAUAUCUACACAGUCAUACAUUUUAAUGAAAAUAUAGUGCUAUUAUUAUUAUUAUUAUUUGCGCUUUUGCAAGCAGCUGAGAACACAUUUUUCAUUGCUUUCAUCCUUUUUGCAAAACUUAAAGGUAUAACAUAGUAACAUAUUCUUAAAGCUGAAUUUCAUGUAUGGAUAUUUUUGCAUAGUUACAUUGGUCCACCUUGGACCAAUGUAACUGCAUAUUCCAUACCUGGGAAAAUCCCUGUGGAAGCGGAGAAUCGCUUUAGUAACCACUGGGGUUUGAUCACUUGCCAUAGGCACUUUAAAGAGAAUUAUUUUGCCUUUUAUGAAUAAAUGCAAACCAUUGUCUGAUUGCAUGAGGUGGGGAGGUAAUGUCACAAUCUCUACCUUAUCCAAUCAGAGAAUGCCUUGUAUUUAUUGAGGAAAACACAAUGCAUUGUUUGAUUGAAACCCAUGCCGAGCAGAUGUUCCUGUGUGGUUACUGUGCAGCAGGACAGCCACUCAACACAAAAUCUGUAAGACCAGUGAGGAUCGCUGUAGUAAUGGUGACUACUACCAUGGUGAUUCUCACCUUCCACUGGGACUAACCAAGUAUGGAAUAUGCAUACUUAAGUUGGUCCAAACUGCACCAAUGUAACAUUGCAAAAAUAUCCAUACCCUGAAUUCAGCUAUAAGGUUAGCCUGCAGUACCACAGUAACUAACUAGGUGACAUCACAUGGUUAACAUUUUUUAGUGGAUAUAGAUAACCAGUGGCUGAAAGUUGCUGUCUUUUUUAAUCUGAAUAUCUUGUUAAGGAUGAGAUGAACUAGCAAAAACAAACUUGUCGAUAACUGUAACAAAACUGUAUUACAAGCUUUGUCUUGUCUUGGCAUGGUUGUUUAAACAUUUUUUUCAAUGCACAAAAAUUAGAUUAUUUUUUCAUUCUA